AUGAGCAAUCUCGGCGCUGGAAAGGUUCGAUUCCAAACCGCUUUCGUUCCCUCAAAACACAUAACAGCCAAACAGGCUCGUCAAAUUCAUUCCUUGGCCAAUCCACCGCCACCACCACAAGUUCCAGGACAAACACCUCAACCACCUCCUUUCUUUUACACGACUACCACAUCCAUUCUUCAUGAUAAUCAACGCAAUAGAAAGAAGGAUCGUACAGGAAGAAAUCGGAAACGGUUUUUAUUUAAUACGAGAUGGAAUGAUGAAAGGAAGGAUCAUCAUUCAUUGUUGAGUGUCGGAUCAUCAUCCUCUGUGAUUCAAUUUGAAUCCACCUUCUCUCUCGUGUAUCCCAAGAUGAAUCCAGAGAAUGGUUUUUAUGAUCCUCCAAAAUCAUCGGAUUCCAUCAAUUCCAUUCAAACUCAAUUCCAUCGCGAGCAACGAGAGGAAUUGCAACGUAUCCGAACCAUUCAGAAUCGUGCCAAGAGAAAUCGAGAAAAACUGAUGAAAAAGAUGAUGAUCAAACAGACUCAAGAGCAUCAAUCCGAUGAAAUGGAAUCAUCAACAAACUCAACAACAUUGGUCUUGGAUCAAAAUCACUCACAAGAAGCAAUGAUUGAACAACGUAUUCAAGCCUUAAUGCAAACUCCCCCAUUGAGAGCAGCUCCAAGAACAGCUCCUUCGCAUGUAUCCGCAUUGGGAUGGUCCAGUCGAACGACUGCUUUGACCAAUGUGACCUAUUUUAGACCUGGUGGAAAAAUGCAUUGA